ACCAUUUUCCGCGAUAGCACCGUUUUAUUCUGCGACACCAUUCGAAGAAGCGUGACACCAAAAUCACCAACACAGUUGCACCAAAUCCACAUCAACAAGGAAGCAGCAGCAGUAAAAUCGGGGGGAACAGCCUAAAUGUAACAUACAACAGCGCCAUUGUGGUUGGUUUUGUACUAACACACGAAACGUGAAAAAUUCACCUCAGCUCAGAUCAGCUCAGUUGCACGUCGAGUUUUGUAUAAGUAGCGCCAUGUUUACCCAAAUAGGGCAUCAUCCCAAGCGCCAAACGCCAAACGAGUGACGGGAUUCCUUUUUUCCGUUUUUUUCGCUUUCCCCCCUUUUUGGGGCCGGCCAGGCUGCAGAAAAAGGAUACACUUGGCUUCACAAAACGCGAGCUUUUUUCUCGGGAAUUUCACGCGAACUGCCACGGAUUCCGGGAGCUAGAUUGGAAAAAAUAUCAGUGUUCUAUAGUGAAAAUUUUGGUGUGCUCGUUGUUCAAAAUGGAUACUUCCUAGGUUUCGUUUAUAACCCAGUUUGGGGAAAGAAAAAAAGUGAGUUAGAAAGGAAGAUCCUAAAAAUGUGGUGACCAUUUAAGAUGGAUGAAAAUGUUAUCUAACGCUUGGCAGUUUCUGUGAAAUACCUACCGGUCGGUGUUUGUGAUAAUCUACCAUUUCCAUUGCAUUGCCAUCAUCAUCAUCAGCAGCAGCAGCAGCAUCCAGGAACGUCUCAUGUGAUGUGAUGUGAUGUAACUGGAACCAGCCGGUGGGCCAAUUUCCGUCAACGGAACCGGAAUAUUCACAGCAAAGGAAAGAGGAAAAAAGAAAAAGCGCAGUGAAGAAGAUAAUUUUCAUCCCAAUUAAGUCGUCGAAAGCCUGCCCUCUGUCUGGCCGACGUGAAUGGACGUUAGAUGAGUCAGUUGCAUUCUCGCCAUGUCCAUGUCACUGCUGUAAGCCAUCAAAGAUGAUAGUGAGCCUGAUCCCCGACCACGUAUGGGGAGGAUGCCACCAAGCUGCUAAAAGUCACCAGAACAAGAAAACUCAACUCUAUCAUCGGAUCAUCCACGCCUUCAUUAGCCAUAAGUACAUAGUAAGCAAAAAUCGGAAGCUGCGGAAAUCGUUCUUCGCCCUGCUCUAUCUGUCGUAUGUGUUCAUCAAGAUGCUGCCGAUGACGUUGGCCAUCGAAACCAAUACGGGGCCAAAAUCGGUGACGUCCCUGAAUGUGCGGUCCAGAACCCUGCCGGAAAUGGUCCUGCCACACAUCGAGGAGGACGACGAGUACGAUCUGGACGAGGAACCGGACGAGUACGACAUCGUCAAGAACAAAACAGUUAAGGGCAUGUACGUCGGGGCGCCGUGCGAGUUUACGUGUCAUGCCAAGCUGCAUCACGUGUACUGCGACCCGUCAUCGAACACGUGCAGCUGCGAGAAGGAUUACGUAGUUCUGAUUGGAGUACUAAAAGGAUGUGCCAAGCCCAAAAAAUUGGGAGAUCAAUGUUUCUACGAUCAAACCUGUAUCUACAACGAUGAGCAUUCGCUAUGUAUGCAAAUGGGCCACAAUGCCAUCUGCCAGUGCGUGCCCGGUUUUCACUCCGUUAGUUAUUCGAAGCCAACGAAACGAAUUUUUUGCACACAGGAUAUGGCUGCAAUCACAGCAGAUCUUCCGACGCUUUUCGGUGUCACCAGUGGCAUCGCGGUGCUCGCCGGGCUCAUUUGCAUGGUGCUGCAUUUAUUUAGCAAAACGAAAUACCCUCGACCUCGACAUUUCGGCGAUGCCAACCUGGCACCGCCAAUUUUGUACAACAGUGAUACAGGGAUCCCAUUGACAAUACAGUCGGCAAGGCCGUCAUCGCGUUCCAGUCAACGAUCUAGCGGCUCCAUCGGUUCCUAUGGCAAUCGACGGCCGUCAAGUGCCCCCUUACAUGGUUCCAAAGGUGUCUUGGUGUCAACCUCGCGUACAGGUUCCCGAAGACCAAGUCUAGCUUCAGUCCACAGCACAACGUCCUCGGUUCGGAGCUACAGCAUGCGGCGGUUCGAGCAGGAAAUCCAUCAGAAGGAGCUGCGGCAGGAGAUGAAGAGGCACAUGGCCCGGCUGCAGGACAACCAGCAGAUGCAGAAAAUCAAACCGAACAUCAUCAUCGGCGACGUGAUAUCCUGCCCGAUGAACAAACCGAUCCUGACCACGCCCAGCCCGCUGACGCCGAACUCGAUCGACGACCUGUUGCCCUCGGUGGACGAAACGCAGGAGGUGAGUGAGUUUUCUCCAAAUCUAAGCCAUAGAUCAGUAAGUACCUGUGGCGGAUACGACGGCCCCUGCAGUUCAACUGAGCUACUUAAAUAAUUUAAACGUUAGACCAAAAUGUAAAAAAAGAAACAAAAAUCAAAGCACAUCAUCAUCAUUAAACUUCAUUCACAAUGAUAAAAAAAACAACAGCAACAAACAAACGCAUAACGCACCGUUGGAAUUAAAUGGUCUCAUAAUGAAACUCUCAAGGUUCUAAUUUAAAAUCCUCAAUUCAGUUGAUCCCACACUUAGGAAUUGAAGAUUUUCAAACAAAAAUUGCACGAAAAUCUUGAAAGUAUUUCCAUACUGAGUACCGAGUGUGGGAACCAGAACAAAGCCGAUAGCUAACAAACAGAAGAAAUAAACUUUAGAACGAUUAAGUGUCAUAAUUGUUGAGUAGACAUUUUAUGGAUUUUUUAGGUAAGUUAAUCAUUUUAAGUACGACGUUUAUAUAGUGUAACAAACAGUGAAAACCAUAUUCUGAAGGUGAUUUGGUAGAAGAUACUAUAGCUCUAAGAUAGACAAAGGCGUGAAACCUUGCGAAUGGGAGGAAUUUGUUGAAAGCACUGGGAAUUACAUACUUGGUGUUUUGUGUAAAACCGAAACGAAUGACCAAAUUAAUUACAAGAAAAACACUUAACAUAGAAAAAUAAAAUGAGCAAAACAGAGCAAAGGUAAACAGUCAAACAACAUAAAUCGAAUCGAUUUAGCUCAUCUUCCCCGCAAACAAAAACUAAUUGAUCAGUUAACUGGUAGGAAAAACAUCCAAGAAAAAAAACGAUAAAUUUAAAGUUGCAACCAACAGACAAAAGAUUAAAAAGAGAAUGUAGCCUGGCCGAAUUCCACAAAACAGUCAGUAAUAAGCAAUAUAUUGAAGCAUUGUGUUGAAAAUACAAAGAACAAGCUUAAGCUCAACCAGUUAUCAGUUCGAUUCGAUCCAAAUUUGUGAGCUUCGUUUACGUUUCAGCCAUUUGACAACAAAUGUUUUGGCAAUUCAAAAUAGUUUGAAAUUGAAAAACGUCAUUUUUUGUCAAACGGCUUUGAGCGUGAAUGAACCUGCAUGAUAUCACUAGAUAUGUUAAUUAGUUGAUUUGUAAAAAUUCGCCAGCAGCAAAGAAUUGUUCUUAUGAAUACGAAUUAUUAAAAAAAGGAAAAUAAAAACAAAAUCGAAACUAUCAGAAAGUACAACGCUGCUUACGUUUUACGCAUCGGCAGUGACUCAAAUAUUAGAAGUUAAACCAAGAUUGACGAAAAACAAACAAACAACAACAAGGUAUAGAACAAACUCAAUGUUUGGACAUUCAGCAGAAUUAACGAUCUAUGAACUACCUAAUCGAAUCAAGUUGCAAACAAAAAUCUAGACUAACAGCAAGUUGUGUUUCACUUUCUGCCUAAAACUCUCUAGUUUAGUGAAAGAACGUUGAGUGAUUGCUGGUACUUUUGGUUGAAGGUUGAUGGUGGAAGAAAAACAUACACAUAGGUACUGUUUGUUUACUAACCAAAUUUAAAUAGAUCUCGAUUUCGAAAACACGUCGCUUAUAAAAAAAAUAACCAUGCAAUAAUUGUGUUUUAACGCGUUUUUCUUGGUUGUUCAGACCUCUAUGCCUUAUAAUGGUUUCAUUUAUUUUUUUAUAAAUUUAAAUUUUUAUUCCGUUAAUCCGUCAUAUCAAAAGCUAAGAAUAUAUGUUUUUUUGCCACUCCUUCUUAUAAACAGAAAACGACAGCAUUUUCUGGAGCCAUAAUAAUGUCUUCAGCCACUCUGUCCUAUUUACUUAGCAACAACCUUUCAAAUAUGUGCUUCUCCAGCCACUUCGUCUUAAAAAUUGGAGCCAGUACAUUAAAGGAUGAUACGGUUAAAAUUUGGUCAAGGGAAAACGGUUAAAUUAAUUUAAUUAAUUUAACCGUUUAAUUAGUAUACAAUUCAGGAAAAAAUAUUCAGUUCGACUUCCGCUUUUCCAAAUCCGAAUUGCCGGGCCUUACGCGUAACCUCUGCCAUCAGAUUUUGUACAGCCACCUUGUCCACCUUCUUCGCCGCAGAAAGCCAGUUUGCCUUGAACUGCUGCUCGUCCUUAGAAGUUUUUUUUGGGUUUCUUUAAGUUCCGCUUGACAAUAGCCCAGUAUUUCUCUGGGGAGCUCUGGCGUAUUGGGAGGGUUCUUGUCCUUGGGACCACCUGCACGUUGUUGGCGGCGUACCACUCCAUGGCCUUUUUACCGUAAUGGCAAGAUGCCAAAUCCGGCCAGAACAGUACGGAACAACCGUGAUUCUUCAGGAAAGGCAGUAGACGUUUAUUCAAACACUCUUUCACGUAAAUUUCUUGGUUGACAGUCCCGGAAGCUAUGAAAAUGCUGCUUUUCAAGCCAUAGGUACAGAUGGCUUGCCAAACCAGAUAUUUCUUCGCGAACUUUGACAGUUUCAUGUGCUUGAAAAUAUCUGCUACCUUUCCCCUUCCUUUUGCCGUAUAAAACUAAUCCUGUCCCGGAAGCUGCUUGUAGUCGGCUUUGACGUAGGUUUCGUCGUCCAUUACCACGCAGUCAAACUUCGUCAAUAUCGUCGUGUACAGCCUUCGGAACCGCGCUUUGGCCGUCGUAUUUUGUUUAUCAUCGCGAUUUGGAGUCACUACCUUCUUGUAAGUCGAUAGUCCGGCUCGUUUUUUGGCUCAAUGCACGGUUGUAGACGAUACACCCAGCUUAUUUGCGGCAUCUCGGAGAAAGAUGUAAGGGUUUCGCUUGAAACUACCGGCAACUCUCUUUGUCGUCUCAGCGACUUCCGGUUUUCGAUUUCCCCCCGAUCCAGACUUCCUGGCUGUCGACAAACGUUCCCCAAACACUUUAAUUACAUUUGUAACGGUUGAUUUGGCAACUUUUAGCGAUUUUGCCAGCUUUGCGUGCGAGUAGCUCGGAUUCUCACCAUGCGCGAGCAAAAUUUUGAUACGCUGCUAUUUUUUCUUGGACGGCAUUUUGACAACUGAAGAGUGAAUUCCAAAAUCAAAAUAGUAACAACAUUUUACACACAGACACACUUUCAAAAUGAAGGGUGUUCAGGUUUUUUAAAUGCAAAAUUGAAAGAACGUGAAGUUGAUAUUGACCAAAUUUUGACCGUAUCACCCUUUAUCAGCUCACUCCUGUAGUCGUCCAGAAAUCUUAUGUAUUGGAGUCGAAUUAUAUUCUUAACAUUUCUGUUGAAACUUACGGUUUCCUAACGGAAUCCGGAACAGCAGCAAACGAUUUCUGCUGCCACCACGAGCAAAACAAAAAUAUUGUUAGUUUUGGUUCCUCUUUCUAUGUCCAAUUCGCAAGCGCAGAACAAUGGAUCAAUGAUUGCUGAUGACAGGUGCUGAUGAAAAACGCGGUACAAAUAUUUACAUCAUCACACGGUUAAGUGAGUCUACUUAAAUUGGGUUCAUGGUAACACAACAGUGUUGGCAGAUAUUCUGGGUAAGUGUAUCAAAGUGCUCAUUAAGAAAUGAGUACUUUCCCGGUUAGGAAAUAUGAGAAGUGAAAAGAGACAAAUAGCUAUCGCUAAUGUAAUGCGUAGUUGUUUUAGGACUUGACGCACAAAACUGAAUAAAUAUAACUCUAUUUCACCACUGAAUCCUGCGUUUUCAACAAUUCCUUCAGCUACUUAAUCUUAUUGGAGUCAGGUCAAUUCAAAACAUUCCUCCAACCACUCUGUCUUACUCAGCGGAAACUACUUUCAGCCUACUUUGUCUAUUUUAAACGAACAAUUCCUCCAAUCACUCAAAUUUAUCCACCGGAUCCAUAACUAUUUCAAAAAAAAAAAUUCUCCAGCGACUCUGUUUUAAUAACUGGAACCAGAACAACCUUUAAUCCAUUUUUCGAUGUCUCCGUCUUAAAAUCUUAGGAACAUUCUGUGAAGUUGCUGCUCUUUUAGUCACUCUGUCUUAUACACCGGAGCUGAAAGUAUUAUCAUAAUAUUUCCAUUUACUCCAACUUAUAUUCCGGAACUUAGAGCAAUUUAAAAAUAUCAGUUCAGACACUCUAUUUUGUUCACUUUAUCCGGAUCAACUUCAAUACAUUCUUGGAACAAUUCCUGAAUUUAUUUUUCAGUCACUUUUUCUUAUUUACAUCAGUCGAAAAAACUUCAAUACAUUCUUGCAGCCACUUCGGCUUAUUUACCUGAGCCGGAACAUCAUCAAAACAAACUUCCAGCCUACUAAGUCUUAUCAAAUGAAACGAUUUUAAAACACUCCUCCAGCUAUCCCAACCUGUAUACAUAUCUCAGGUGGCGAUGGAAAUUCCGUGCUAAGUGUUAGUAAUAGUUUUUUUUUGUAAACAUUGCCAAUUCGUGACGACAGUUGCAUUUUCAAACAAACAACCAUCCUCGCUGUACCAGCGGUAACUAGAGAAAAAAAAUCAUUGCCAACUGCUGUUUACGAUUCUCGCCUACAAUACAUAAACAUCCUGGCAAGUGAUGUAGGCUUUGUUUACCUUUUUCCUUUUUGAAUAAUGAGUUCUGUAAUAGUGUGCGUGUUUGUUCCACAUUGCAGCUACCCUGUCUGAUAUACCGGAGCCAGAACAGAUUCAAAAUAUUCUUUCAGCUAGCUCUGACUUAUUUUUUCGUGCCGGACAUUUUUCAACAAACUUCCCAAGAACCUGACUCUGUGCUCAUCCCUCCAACUUCUGAUUCUAAAUUGUGAUUCAGAAAUCAGGUUCUUUCCUUUACAUUUGUUCGUAACAAUUUUCACAUAUAAAAUUCAUAUGAUUUUUCAAAUAACUUAUUCUCAGAAAAUAUCAGAAAGUAUACUAAUUAGCAACUUAGGUUCAAUGAUAUUGUUCCAUCAAAACCUUCAACCAAAGCCAGUCGGUCAGCUUCGGAUAGCAAAUUUCUAUGUACCCAUCAUCAGAUAUCAACGUUCAAGUUGUGACAAGUUUAUACAUGAAAUAGCGUUCUUCUUUAUUAAAAUUUAGCAGCAACAGUCAUAUGGUCUUAGAGCAAUCGUGGCGCAAUUGUCAGCUGCUCAGCGUUAGGCAAACUAGCUGAUAUGUAUUCUUCAAAACAUUGAAUGAAUGGUUCCAGUUCUUCGUUAAGUUAAACAGAUGGUUUCUAAAAAUGGUUGAUGACUUCUUCAAAGAUUUGUACAAUACUUAGAUUUUUCUACGAAUAAAUAAUUUAAAUAAAUUCCAAUUUUUUAAGCUUUUUCCAUUACUCAAAAGAGCACAUGCUGACUAUUGACUCGCCAACCGAUUGCGUAUGUUUAAGGUUAGGAACAAUUGAUUUAGAUCGAUUAAAAAUACUUUCAAUCAUAGACUGAUAUAUUAAACCCAAUGAAGAUUGAAACAAAAAAUCCAACUUAAAAAACAUGGCGACCCCAUGAUAGAUCGCUACAAAACAUGCAAAAGGAAACUCACCUGAUACAGAGACACAAAUUGGAUGACAAUAUUCAGAUAAUCCAGGUGGAAUUGUGAGUUCACACGUUGCGUGAACACCAACAAAAAUAAUCAAACAAAAAUCAGAAACAUGUUAUAAAAAGGUGGAAAAAAGCCCCCGGACAGCUCCAAAUUGAUGUUGAUAAUCGGUUUUUAUAUAUUCUAACGAUUGAUUGAAUCAUUUGGGGGCCGCUUUUCUGCCCCUAUGAUGCAAAGUGAAAAUUGCUUCCUAAUAUAUUUAGCCGUGUAUCGAGAUAUGUUAACUUUACGUCAUCUUAAACAGAAAAAAGCAAAAGAAGAUCAAAUCCAAUCCUCCCCUCAGCCCGGAUAUUCAAAAUUGCUAGAUUGGCUAAUGUUAUAGUGUAUUGAUGGAGAUGAAACAAAAAAAAAACAAAUGUGGCUGUCGAUAACAAAAAAAAACAAAAAACAUAAUAUAGCGAAUACUCGUUACGAGAUGCAGAACUAGUCGAUAAAAAUUUAUAUACUAUGCAAUAAGAAAAAUUCUUGAAGGUGGCGCAGAAAAAAAAUAUUGCAAAAAUAUAAAAAAAAAUGCUAGGAACCGAAGAAAAGCGACAAAAACAUUUCGCGCAUUGAUAUUUAUUCAAAAGGGGGAAAACGCAAAUUCGGCGCUGAUAACAAAAAAAAAAACAAACAAACAAAAGAAAAACGCUGUGUUAUUUGUGAAUGAUAUGAUGAUUUGUUCUGUUGCUAAAUAUGUUACUUAUGUUUGAAACGAUGGAUCUACGAUCGAAUCAACAAAUGUGCGAAAAACUUCAUGUGAAGAAGCAGGAGCUGUGUAAUCUUCGGAGCUCUACAACAGUCUCGAAAAAUAAAGGAAAAAGUGAACAAGA